AUGGCUUCAUCACGCGUUACCCAGAUCGGCAAUCAUCUCGGACUCAGGGAUCCACAAACACCAGAUUCCAACCCUGCUGAGCCAUACCUAGUCGUCGAACAACCCCUCGGAACAGCUAAAAAAGUCCGCAUCAUCACAAUCGGCAGCGGCGCAAGCGGCCUCAACAUGAUCCACACCUUUCGCCAGAAACUAACAAACUUCAAUCACAUCGUCUACGAAAAGAACCCCGAAGUCGGAGGCACUUGGUAUGAGAAUCGUUAUCCGGGAUGCAAGUGCGAUAUACCCUCGCACAACUACCAAUUCUCCUGGAAGCCGAACAAGGAGUGGGCCAACUUCCUGUCUCCGGCGGAAGAGAUUCAGGCGUACUUGUGCCGCUUGUGUGAUGACGAAGACCUACGGUGCCAGAUCAAGACUAAUCAUCUCGUGACGGGGGCUUUCUGGGAUGAAGGUGCCGGGCGAUGGACGGUCAGGCUGAAGAGUCUGGAGGAUGGUGAGGAGUUUGAGGAUUAUUGCGAGUUUUUGAUGAACGCGAGUGGAAUUCUCAACAAUUGGAAGUGGCCAGAUAUUCCCGGUCUGCACGACUUCUCUGGUGCCCUCCUUCAUAGCGCCGACUGGGAUGAGAAGUUUGACUGGAAAGGGAAAAGAGUAGCAGUUAUAGGCAACGGCUCGUCUGGAGUUCAGAUCGUUCCAGCUAUACAAAAAGACGCGAAGGAAAUGAUUCAUUUCAUCCGGGGACCAACUUGGAUAAUGCCGCCGCGAGUCCAGACAUUGCUACUAGGCAAGGCGAAGCAAACGAUGGAGCAGAUCGAGUUGGACGACGACGAGAAUUUCACGCGGGCUCAGAUCGACAAAUUCAAGUCGGAUCCUGCGCUCUACAAGUCUUUCGUGAAGGCCAUAGAGGAGCAAGUGAACAACAACUUCUUCCUCGUCUUGAAAGACUCGGAAACUCACCGACAAGCAACGGAAGAUGUCACUCAAUACAUGCGUUCCGCGCUCAACGACGACCAGAAACUGAUCGAUAUCUUGAUUCCCAAGUUUCCUAUCAGUUGUCGUCGAAUGACUCCAGGAGUCGGGUACUUAGAGUCGUUGACGAAACCCAAUGCGAGGGUCAUCUCGGGAGGAGUCGCCCGCGCAGUCUCGGAUGGCCUGAUCACAGAAUCCGGGGAACACAUUUUGGUUGAUGCUAUAGUGUGUGCCACCGGAUUUGAUGUCUCGUUUCGCCCGCGGUUUCCCAUUAUUGGACGACAGUCUACAAAUCUUCGAGAUAUUUGGGUAAAAGAUAUACCAAAAGCCUACAUGUCUUGCGCGGUUCCCGAGAUGCCUAAUUAUUUUGUCUUCCUCGGCCCCAAUGCCCCUAUCGGUCACGGCAGCGUCUUCACGAUAACCGAGCUCCUUGCGAAAUACAUUGCCGAUAUCAUCAAGAAAUGCCAAACUGAGGGCAUCAAAUCCAUCAGCCCUAGCUUCGACGCAGUCAACGAACUACACGAACACACGCAAGCCUUCAUGCCGCGAACAGCAUGGGCAGGGUCCUGCAGAUCCUGGUUUAAGGGCGGUGCCGUGGAUGGGCCUGUCACGGCGCUGCAUCCCGGCAGUAGAAUCCACUUUUUUCACAUGUUGGAGAACUUUAGAGGGGAAGACUGGGAUUAUGUGUACGAGAAGAAAAGGAAUCGAUUUGCGUAUCUUGGAAAUGGCAUGUCGACGAAGGAGUUUGAUGGGUCUGAUUCAACUUGGUAUCUGAAUGAUCCUGAUGACGAUGAGAAGUAA